AUGUGUGUUGAUAGUCGCGCCAUCAAUAAAAUAACUGUGAAGUACAGGUUUCCUAUUCCACGACUUGAAGACAUGCUGGAUGUACUUUCGGGGUCUAGUAUGUUUACAAAGAUAGACCUUCGUAGCGGCUACCACCAAAUUCGAAUCAAGCCCGGGGACGAGUGGAAGACUGCAUUCAAAAGUAAGGAGGGGCUCUAUGAAUGCAAGAACAAAGGAGAGCAUCUCACCCAUUUGAGACAAGUCCUGGACGUGUUGAAAGAAAAUCAGCUUUACAUCAACUUGAAUAAGUGCACGUUCUGCACCAAUAAACUCCUAUUCUUGGGCUAUGUGGUUGGUGAGAAUGGUAUACAUGUGGAUGAGGAGAAGACAAAAGCAAUCCGAGAUUGGCCGACUCCAAAAUCAGUGUCCGAUGUGAGAAGCUUCCAUGGCUUAGCCACUUUCUAUAGGCGAUUUGUACGACAUUUCAGCACCAUAGUGGCACCACUCACUGAAUGUCUGAAGAAAGGAAGAUUCAGUUGGGGAGAGGACCAAGAUAAGAGCUUCGCCCUCAUUAAGGAAAAGUUGUGCACUACCCCAGUACUAGCCUUGCCAAGUUUUGACAAGGUAUUCGAGAUUGAAUGUGAUGCCAGUGGUGUAGGUGUUGGAGCAGUACUCUCUCAAGAAAAGAGACUUGUGGCUUUCUUUUCUGAAAAAUUGAGUGAGGCCAGACAAAAAUGGAGCACUUAUGAUUAA